AAGACGUAAGAUCGUGUUUAUUGUGCGCUCUUAAAGUGGUUAAUAUGAAACUGACGGAAAUUAUAUUUUUCUAUUACUGUUAUAGAAUAAUAUAUACAGAAUCAGCUAAAAUACUAGCCGUAUUCCCAACUCAGUCAAUCAGCCACCAGGUGGUGUUCCGUCCCCUGAUGCAUGAACUAGCGGCGCGCGGCCAUGAAGUGGUUGUUAUCACUCCAGCCCCCGCGUAUCCCGCAGGAGGGGGUCCGGCGAAUUUAACUGAAAUUGAUGUUAGACAAUAUUACGGUGAUAUAGUUUUUAAUCUUUCUACUUCGGUAAAUGAAUAUGACAAUAUAAGAACCAGUAUUAGAAGAUCUAUAUCAAUUGGUGAAAAAAGAUUUCCUGGACAAUUAAAUACUCCUACAGUGCAAAAAAUUAUCCGAAAUAAAAAUACCAAGUUUGAUUUGCUCAUUGUCGAAGCAUGGUUUGCACCACUGUUAGCAUUUUCUCACAGAUUCAACGUACCUGUCAUAAGGAUUAGUUCCGUAGGAUCUUUUUUUCCCGAAUACCAUGUUAUGGAUGGUUUCGGACAUCCUCUAUUGUACCCACCGAAUUUGUGUUCCCGAUGUCCUAAUAUAGAAAAUCUUACAUUCAUUGAGAAGAUUUACGAAAUAUAUAAUUACAUAUAUAUCAGUGACUUGUUUUAUUGCUUUGAAGAAACAGAAAAUGUUAAAUUGAAAGCUGUUUUUGGUUCCGACAUGCCAUCUCUGAGUGAGCUGAGCAAAAAUGUACAUUUGCACAUGAGCAACGUACAUCGAACUUGGGAACUGAACCGUCCGGUGCCAACAAGUGUUAUUCAAGUUGGUGGAAUACAUCUCAAGUCUGAAUGCACGCUGCCAGAGGACUUGAAGAAAUAUUUGGAUUCCUCAGUGAAUGGUGUGUUGUACAUUAGCUUCGGUACCAAUAUGAAAACGUCGUGGUUACAAGCUGAAAAAUUGGAUAUUAUGAUUAAAGUUUUAUCCAGCCUGCCUCUAGAUAUAUUGUGGAAAUGGGACGAAGAUGAAUUGCCGGUACAAACUGGAAAUAUUAAAAUUUCUAAGUGGCUGCCGCAGGAAUGCCUUUUGAGACAUCCAAAAGUUAAGCUAUUCAUCACCCAGGGCGGGUUGCAGUCGACGGAGGAAGCUAUAGCGGCAGGCGUGCCACUUGUGGGCAUCCCGAUGAUUGCUGAUCAAUUUUCAAAUGUGCAGAAUUACGUUCGUCACCGCAUAGGAGUGAAGCUUAUGUGGAACGAUUUCACUGAAGAAGAAUUCAGAGACGCAAUUUAUAGUGUAUGGAAAGAUGAAAGCUACCGACAUAAUAUAAUCCGGUUUCGGGACCAGCUGCGUGACGUGCAAAUGCAGCCGCUGGCACGCGCUGUAUGGUGGACGGAGUACGUGCUAAAGUACGGGGGCGCGAUGCAUUUGCGCGCGCCCGCAGCCAACAUGCACUGGGCGCAAUACCACGAAUUGGACUUGCUCGCGCUCCUCGCUGCCUUCGUGUUCCUCGCCUGCUUUGCUGUCUACAUAGCUAUUAAAAUUCUUCUCAGACUGAUUUGGAGAAUAUGUGUAAAAAAAGUUAAUUUUAAUGAACAAAAAUUGAAAUAUUAAACGUAGUCGCCUUGUAUUUACAAAAAAUUUAAAAGUGGAAGAACUAUAAAAGUCGAUGACAUUCAGUAUUUCUGCUUGCUUAAUGAAGUGCAUGGUGUAUAAAAAAUAUAGAGAAUUAUGUAAACAUAGCCUUGAUAAUACGAGGGGAGGUCAAAAAGUUCGUGGUAUGAGGGGGAAGGGGGUCGAAAAUAAACAUGAAACUAUUUUUCCUUUUCAAUAUAUUCUCCCUUAAUCUUAAUAUAUUUUUUGGAUCUUUCAAAUAAUGAUCAAAAUCGUCGUAGUCAAAUUUUUUUCCACCCAGCUCCUUUUCCAUUUUUGGAAAUAAAUAAUAGUCGCUGGGGACCAAGUCUUUUUUACCGUUAGCAAACAAGCUAACGGCCCACCUGAUGGAAAGUGGUAACCGUCGCCUAUAGACAUGAGCAGUACCACGGACAUAACAGAGUAUACUGCUUCACCCAUGAUACCCCCUAUGCGUUGCCAUUCCUGAGGCUUUAGGUGUUAUUCCUCUGUACCCAGUAAAUUCACGCCAUAUCUCACCCUUCAAACCGAAACACAGCCAUGCAAACACAACUGCUUUACGGUUGAAACACGAAUGGGACAGAGGUACCCAAGCAAUCGACUUUUGUACAAAGUCUCCCUUUGGUGACUGGACUUUUGGACUGUAAAGUGGAUGGUGUAAUUUUCCAACCCGCAUCGGUAGAUGGCAGCCGUUGCAACAUGGCACAUGUGGACGGGAGCGUUGUUGUUCAAAAGAAGCACGCCUUUUGACAGCUUUCCUCUUCAUUUUUCCUUGAUUGCUUCUUUCAAUCUGUCCAGUAAAGAAGCGUAGUACUGACACGAUUUUUAUAAUCGAUCAGCAAAAUACCUUCUGUAUCCCAAAAAAUAGUCGUCAUGAUCUUUCCGGCCGAUUGAAACACUUUCAAUUUCUUCGUAGGAGUUGUGCUUUUUUAUGCUACUGUAUCGACCCAGGUUCAUAGUGGUGAACCCAGAUUUCAUCUCCAGUAACAAUUCGGUCCAUAACUUCUUCCCUAUUCUAUCCACAGAGCUCAAAAAGCUCUCUGGCGAGAACACUAGAUACGCUCACUUUUUUAACUGGCGUGAGCAUUCCAAGUCAUGCUAAGAUGAUGAUGUAGAAUAUUUAAACUACUUGUUUUGGAUACUCUAACCAUUGUUACAAGCUAUUUCUUCGUCAGUCGGGUAUCUGCUAAUACAAGUUUUUCUACUUUUGCGACGAUUUCCGGUGUGGUGAUCUCAAUUGGCCGUCCGGAGCGAGAGUCAUCUUUAAUAGUCUUUAAUUACUCUCUUCCUUAUUUGAAAAACCAUGCCACUUGUAAACCUUAAUUUUACUAGGGACAGAGUUCGCGUAAACUAUUAACAGCUCUUGUAAAUUCGUCUGAGCGGAUUUUCCUUGCUUCGUGAGGACUUCUUCCCGAUUCACUUGUUUGCAGGUUGAUAACAAGUGACUACCUGGACGAGUAAACCAACCUCUCCAUUCCGUGAACUUUUUGACCUCCCGUCGUACGUCCAUUGUUCAUACGUCCCGCGAUGCAGAUCCAAUUUCAAACGAAAUUCAUAUUUCUGCAGAAUCCCAGUUAAAUUUAACAAAUUAUUGUUUGACUUUGAUAUUGAUCCCGCAUGCAUUCAAGCUGCCAAUAGCAAGGUCAUUCUGGUCUCUCCUGUCAGGUCAGGGUCUCCUGGGUACCUGCUGUACUAAAUUGACUACUGUAAAAAUGUUUUUUUUUGCUUCAUAUUGUUUUUUUUUUUACCAUGAAGAUGGCAAACAAGCAUGCAGCCCGUCUGUAAACGGUCACUGUAGUCUAUGGACGCCUGCAACACUAGAGUUGUCACGUGGGCGUUGAAGAAACCUUUUUUUCUCGGUAUUUCAAUACCUCAUUGUUAUAAAUUAAGGUAUAAAACUGUUUUAGCAAAUUUAUGUCUAUAAUUAUUUUUUAUAUAAAAACCGAUUAUGUAAACUUUAUAUGGCUCAAUAUAAAUGUAAUUUGAUUAUGUGUUGAUUGAAUCAAGCUGUAUGUUUCCAAAGAAUAAAUUUAUUUAUUUAUUUUAUUUGCUAUACUGAGGGCAUCACAUGCGUGUUUUUAACUUUCACUUGACUCUGAUUUGAAACUUUGACUUGACUUCAAAAAGAAGUUGAAGAAUGUCUUUCUCCAUAUUACGCAGUGUAUGGUUACUUUCACCUGAUUUCAAAACAGGAGAAGGUUUUUAACAAAUAAUAAAUAAUAAUAAUUCUUUAAUAAAGGCAACCAGAGCCCACAAAAUUUUAACAAUAUUAA